CUUUGACAGUGUUAUAUCAACCUCCGGCCGAGCACAGUCGGUGUGUUCUCUUCUUUCAUAAAUCUCACUUCUGGAACUCAAAAGAAAGAGAAACUUCCAUCGAGAAUUUUCCGACGAACUGUGAUUCGCAUAUAGAAACAUUCGUGUGGGGGACUCUUUACGACAGUUUGGAACAGUUUUGAAAGAUAAAUAGGAAAAACGAUCGAGUGAAUAAGGGAAAGGGGUAGAGGGAAAUAAGGGAAGAACGAGAGGAACGUUAGUUCGCUCCAUUUUUUAGUUUCCACUUUUUUUCUUUUUUCGAGAACUUGCUAGAAAUUCCCAAGACGCAUCGGUAAACAAGAUAAAACAAACAUCUAGUACCAGACACAAGGAAAUCUGUAUUGAGACAUUCUACGAAUUUGUGCUGCGUGUUUUGUGAGUGAUAAAAGCUUAUCGUCGCGCGGCAACCGGAGACCUUUUGGGUCAGCGCGAAAGAGGCGGAUCGUUUUCCUUUUUGAAAAAGGCUCUUCUCUCCCGCCCAAGCCUGAAGAGGGUUACUUCUUCCUGGAUAACCGGAAGUGGCUAUUAACCAGACGAAGAUGUCUUUCAUUUUGUAAAUAAUACUGAAUGAAAAGAAGUAUCAGACUGAAGAUGGGCAAGCUUUUGAGUCUUUUGGCUCGAGACGAGUCUACCUGUUGCACGCCUCAAAAGUACGAUGUCUUUUUGGAUUUCGAAAAUGCACAACCUUCUGAGAUAGAGCGGGAAACCUUUGAAGCGGUGCAAAGGGUUCUGAAAAAUUCAGAAUCUAUCUUAGAGGAGAUUCAGUGCUACAAAGGGGCAGGGAAAGAAAUCAGAGAGGCGAUUUCGGCGCCCACGGAGGAGUGUCAACGAAAAGCCUAUCUGACUGUUGCCCCUCUGGUUGCGAAGCUCAAAAGAUUCUAUGAAUUUUCAUUGGAACUUGAAAAGGUAGUACCAAAGAUCUUGGGUGAACUAUGCUCUGGCAACCUCUCGCCGACCCAACAUCUGGAGACUCAGCAGGCUUUGGUGAAACAGCUGGCAGAAAUUCUAGAGUUUGUUUUGAAGUUCGAUGAACACAAGAUGAAGACUCCCGCAAUUCAGAACGACUUCAGUUAUUAUCGAAGAACAUUGACCAGAGCAUCCCUGGCGCGACAGGAAAACGCCGAGAAGGACCUCGUGGUUGGAAAUGAGCUCGCCAACCGAAUGUCCUUGUUCUACGCCCACGCGACACCCAUGCUUCGUGUUCUGAGUCACGCGACCAUUACUUUCUUGAUGGACAACGAAGAUGUAGCACGCGAAAACAUCACCGAAACGCUUGGUACCAUGGCCAAGGUUUGCCUGCGCAUGUUAGAAAAUCCGAAUCUACUGGCGCAAUUCCAACGGGAGGAAACUCAACUCUUUGUUCUGAGAGUGAUGGUAGGGUUAGUGAUCCUUUAUGAUCACGUUCAUCCCCAAGGUGCCUUUGUUAAGGGUUCGAAUGUCGAUGUUAAAGGCUGUGUGAAGCUGUUGAAGGAUCAACCACCCUGCAAAAGCGAGGGUCUUCUGAACGCUCUCCGUUAUACCACCAAGCACCUGAACGAGGAGAACACACCAAAAAAUAUCAAGAACCUGCUAGCAGCAUGAUUACCGAAGCAACGCGGCUGCUGCAUCAGAAGCUGAGACAGUUGGCUGCUGAUAUGUCAGAAGCUAAACGAGCGAUGCCAUUUAUUUUGUGUAGCGUCACGAGGAUAUCGAAGACGAUAUCCUCGGCGACUCCACAUGAUCCAAGAGCAAUCUCCUGUUUCUGAUCGUGGCUGGGUGGUGGACCACUAAAAACGUGUCUUUCGUAACCGAGUCUAUAGCUGCCCUAAAACUGCCGAAUUCUACAUACCUUCUGACAAAAAGAAAAAAAAAGAUAAAAAUAAAAAAGAAAAAAAAAAUAAAAAAGUAAAAAAGACAGGUAGGGAAAUCGUAGAAAGGCAAAAAGAAGAAAAAAAAAAAAAAAAAAUAUCGAAACGACUGAACAUUGGAGGAAUUGCUAAACUCGUUCUUAAGCGAUGCCUUUAUCGCCGUUACGAGUGCGAAAACAUUUAGGAAUUAUUAUUAUAAUAUUACUAUCUCCCUCUCUAUCUCUCACACACAGACACACAGACACACAUGAUAUCUUGAUUAUUAUCGAUCAUUACUAUUAUUGCGAUUUUUGACGUUUAUUCCAGUUAUUAUUGUCAUCCGAAGUAUUAUUGCCCUGACUAACUUGUCACCACGUGUAUUAACAUUGUAUUUGUCUUCCCGAAUCAGGGAGGAUGGGAUCGAGUUAAUUAGAGCAUAUCAAUAACAUAUAUAGGGUAAUUUUCAAUGAUUGCAGACGAUUCGCAGUGUUACAAUGAGAGGUUUAAGAACGUUGUAAGAUAUUACACAGAUCUUUAGCAAUUGUUUUCGUUGUUGAAUGGUUGUCAUCCGGGCGAAGAGACGAUCAAAGAGAAAUUGUUAUAAAUACUGGGACUGGAUAUCGAUCAUUGGAAUCGAAAAUCGGGAAUGACUCUUUACCUUGUUUUCUUAAUGUCAAUAUAUUUAUUACAGAUUUGUUUUAUCUCUUUAUUACUAGUUGAGACAAACGUACUUUCUUCUUUUGAAAAGAAUUUAUGUUGUUGUAUUUCUUCUCAUUUUUUUAAGCUUUUUGUUCGUUUCUAUAUAACAGAGAAUUAAGAACCAAAGAUGUUGUUAUGCUAACGUUUAUAUACCUAUCAUUGAUUUUAUUAUAAAUUUAUUAUUGCAGUAUUUUCGAGAAACACGUUAUUUAUACCGCCAGAGAAAAAAGUUAUCCGUUGACGCGAAUAUAUAUACUUUGCCAUGGGGAAAAAUUGUCAAUGUUCUCGCGACAAACAAAUUCAUAUGUGAACGAUAUCGUUGUUGGCGCCGGCAUCGCGUCGCACACUCUUUUUCUAAGUGCACAUUUAAGGAUUCUAAACGUACGUGACCGAUCUACAGUGUAGGUUUUCUUGCAUCAAGAAUUUUACUAUUUAGAUAUCCGAUGUUAUGAAAUUAUAUUAUUUAGUACACUAUCCGUUCUUAAAAGCUGUCUGGCGCGCUUUGUGAAAUUUUAGUGAAAUUACUAUUAAUUUAAACUAGUACGACAAAUGAUAAAGAAGUACCAGAUUUUCAUAUUUUCCAAAUAAAUCGAUAAAUUUUUUGCCUUUUGCAUUUGUCCAAGCUAUUUAAUUUAAACUAGUACGACAAAUGAUAAAGAAGUACCAGAUUUUCUUAUUUUCCAAAUAAAUCGAUAAAUUUUUUGUCUUUUGCAUUUGUCCAAGCUAUUUAAUUUAAACUAGUACGACAAAUGAUAAAGAAGUACCAGAUUUUCUUAUUUUCCAAGUAAAUCGAUAAAUUUUUUGCCUUUUGCAUUUGUCCAAGCUAUUUAAUUUAAAUUAAUACGACAAAUGAUAAAGAAGUACCAGAUUUUCUUAUUUUCCAAAUAAAUCGAUAAAUUUUUUGUCUUUUGCAUUUGUCCAAACUAUUUAAUAAUUCAAAGUUAAAUUUAAAACAAGGUUCUUAUAAAUACCUACGAUCGCACAUUCCAUUUUGGAUUCUGAAUUUAAAAAACGGAUGGACACGAGACAGCUUUUAAAAGCGGAAUUCUCAAAUGUUAGUUAUAGCUUGAACUUUUUCAGUGAUAUUUAUUAUAAUCUUGCGGUUGUUGCUUUCAUACGAACCUAAUUAUGGAUACAUUUUUUUACUUUUACUACAUAAUUACAUAUAUCUUUUGAUACCAUUUUGCAAGACAGACUGAUGACAAACUAUUUUCCGUAUAGCAUUUCAUGUAACUUAUAAAUUGCUUGUUGUAAGCUUAAUUAUCAAAAAAUCGAUUGAUCGUUUUUAAUUAACAGUAUUCCCUCGUUUGUCUACCAUUUAAUGAAUGUAAUUUAUAUAAAUUUAUAGUGUGUAGUACAUAUAUAUUUCUUCCUACGUAGACAAAUUUUUUAACCGUAAUAACAAAUAAGAGCAAUAAUUAGACUCGUGAAUCUAGUUUUGCAUCGAAAUUUACAAUCUUUUCGAAUAAAUUAUAAGUAAAAAUUCUAAAAUUCUAAAAUUUUGAAAAAAAUUCAAAAUUCCAUAUCUUGUAUGCGAUUACAAGACAUAUUCUAUAGUUUAUUUUAAUUUUUAACUGAUAUUAUUGAGUGAGCACAACAGUUUGGGUUAGAUUUAGUUCGGUUUAAAUUAUAUUCGGAUUACUUAAUGGCAAUUUGUAUUUUAUAUCUUACACGAUUGCACGUGUCAUCGAUGAUAUUUAUCAAGUAAAACACAGAGUACGAAAUCAAGUGCUUUAAAAUGAAAUAAUUUAACCUAAACUGCUGUUUCGAUCACUUUUCUAAUAUUCAACGAUAUUAGUUGAGAAUUAGAAUUGAAUACUCUACGUAAAAUUAUUCAAUUUGCGCUGUUUUUAUGCACAGUGUCGGGUAAAAGAAAGUUUAAAAGCGAUAGAGUACGACGAAUUACAUUAAUUUAAUAAAUGGAAUUAUAUUUACGAAAGCGAUGAAUUAUCCAUUGUAUUUGGUAAAUACGAUAGAUGACUGUUAACCAAAUGAUUAAAAGUGUCUAGUACAAAAAAUAAACUUUCCUUUAUAUACGUCGCUGUAUAAAGAAAGUAUGAACGUAAUAACGAAUAUUAUACUUCCUCCUUCUAAAUAUGCAGAUUAUACUUGUACUCGUACGAGUGUCGCGUUUAUCUUCCAACGAUUUUCUUAAAAAUGAUCAAUCGAUGUUCCAUUUUCUUAAUCACAGCACGAACGGAAAAAAAGACGGUUGCAAGAUUCCGACGUUUAUCGUAAAAUAAAGGAAAUGUUACUAACGUAGUUAUAGAAAUAUAUUGAUUUUUACAAUCGCGUUAACGAUCGAUACUCAAAGGUUUGUUACGCUUUCCUCGAUCCGAAAGUUUAGCCGCAUCGUUUGUACAAAAAGGAUCAACGAGGGAGCACGAAGGUUACAUAAAAGAAAUUUAAUAUAAUAAUACGAAUAUCUCGUGAAAUACUACUUUCACAGCGUAAAGAAAGCUAAAUUCUACGUACAAGAUAAAGAUACCUGUGUGCGACUGAAAAAUACAAACGUACGAACACAUUUUUUUAUAAAUACAAAUAUUUGCAUUUGUCUGUCGGUGAAUUUGCUACGAAUGUUAAUUUAAUCACGACUGUCCGAGAAGAAACGAAAUUUAUAAUUCUAUUGUACGCGCGUUUUCGUGUAAAUGUAUUUUUACUUUAAGUAGAACGCGACGAUAUUUCUAGAAAUGUCGUCAAAUCUAUUCUGAUAUAGUAAGUUGAAUUAAGCUUAUGUUCAUUCGAUAGAUACGUUGUGCACAGAAUUUUGGUUUCUCAGUGUAUUUACGUUUAAGUAACAUUUAUGAUUAAUACCUUAAGAUUAUUGCGCAAUAUUAUCUAUUUACAAACAUUGUUACUUGAAAAUGAAAUUGUAGAAUCCCGAAAGUUAAUAAAAUACAUUAUAUAAAUA